AUGUCAUCACCCUAUCCCGGUGCUUUCCCACCUUCCUCAGCCCCAGGAGGGUCGCCAAACUCAUCCUCUCUUCCUCAAUCUCGAACUUUAGAUCCAUUGGCAUUCGACAAUGUUCGUGGACUUGGAGGCUCGAUCCCAGGUGCAACAGGUGCAGGGCCGGGUGUGAACGGAGACGAAGGAUCUCAAGCUGGAGAAGAUAAUACAGACGGUACAAGGAACGCUCAAAGAAGAGCUAGAUCAGGCGUUGAUCCUGAUUCUAUACCCAGGGUCAAAGAUGCUACAGGUGAAAAGGUUAUGGAAAGCUUCGCAUUAUUCUUGGAGAACUUUACAGAACAUGUAGCUUUCCCAGAGACACCAGCAUCAUUUAACGGUGAAAAUCCCAUACCAGCUACUGCGGAUGAGAGCAAGUUCUACAUUGAACAGGUCAAAGCUAUGAAAGAGUUCGAAUUGACUACGCUAUACGUCGAUUUCGGUCAUUUACUGGAACGAGAAGAAGUACUAGCACGAGCUAUACAAUCUCAAUACUAUCGAUUCCUGCCCUAUCUCAGAAGAGCUCUUCAGACUCUAGUAAGAAAGUAUGAGCCCACCUAUCUGUACACAUCAACCUCAUUCUCUUCAACACCUUCCGCUUCAAGCUCCUCUCUUACUACUAGAGAUUUCAAUAUUGCCUUUUACAACCUUCCUCUUACUUCCGGUAUAAGAGAUUUGCGGAUGGACAGAAUCGGUCAACUGAUCAGUAUCAGCGGUACCGUCACCCGAACGAGUGAAGUAAGACCUGAAUUAGUCAGCGGAACAUUUGUUUGUGAACAAUGUAAAACGGUAAUCAAAGAUGUUGAGCAACAAUUCAAGUAUACAGAGCCCAUCUUGUGUCAAAAUCAAACCUGUAAUAAUCGAGCGAAUUGGUUACUAAAUAUAGAACAGUCUAAAUUCUCAGAUUGGCAAAAAGUCAGAAUUCAAGAAAAUGCAAACGAGAUACCGACAGGAAGUAUGCCACGAUCACUGGAUGUGAUUCUUCGAUCUGAGAUUGUCGAACGGGCCAAAGCAGGUGACAAAUGUACUUUUACUGGUACCUUCAUCGUUGUUCCAGACGUGUCCCAACUCGGUCUUCCAGGUGUAAAUGCUGAAAUGAUGCGAGAAAAUCGAGGUGGUAGGGGUGAUGGUGGUGUUGCAAGCCAGGGUGUUACUGGUCUGAAAGCUUUGGGUGUGAGGGAUUUACAGUACAAGACGGCAUUUUUGUCGUGUAUGGUACAAGGCGCGGAUGCAAGAGCUGGUGCAACCGAUGUGCGAGGAGAUUUAGAAGAAGGUGAAGAGGAUCAGGAAACGUUCUUAAACUCACUUACUCAACAAGAAGUAGACGAGCUCAAGAACAUGGUCAACUCCGAUAAUAUCUACCAGCGACUGGUUCAGAGUAUAGCACCAACUGUAUACGGCCACGAGAUCGUCAAAAAGGGUAUCUUGCUACAGCUCAUGGGAGGUGUACAUAAACAGACUCAAGAAGGUAUCCACCUUCGAGGUGACAUCAACGUCUGUGUGGUAGGUGAUCCAAGUACCAGUAAAUCCCAAUUCCUGAAAUAUGUCUGUGGUUUCCUGCCUCGAGCAGUAUAUACAUCCGGUAAAGCUUCUUCCGCUGCUGGUCUCACAGCUGCAGUAGUUCGAGAUGAAGAAUCCGGUGAAUUCACCAUCGAAGCUGGAGCUCUGAUGUUGGCAGAUAAUGGUAUUUGUGCCAUUGAUGAGUUCGACAAAAUGGACGUGGCGGAUCAAGUAGCCAUUCAUGAAGCGAUGGAACAACAAACCAUUUCUAUUGCCAAAGCAGGUAUUCAAGCUACUUUAAAUGCAAGAACAUCAAUCUUAGCAGCUGCUAAUCCUAUUGGAGGAAGAUACAAUCGGAAAAUGAGCCUAAGAGCGAACGUAGCUAUGUCAGCUCCUAUCAUGUCGAGAUUCGAUCUUUUCUUCGUCGUCUUAGAUGAAUGUAACGAAAAUGUAGAUCUACAUAUCGCUCAACAUAUCGUAAACGUUCAUCGAUUUAGAGAUGCCGCUAUAUCACCUGAAUUCAGCACCGAAGCUUUACAGAGAUAUAUUAGAUAUGCUAGGACAUUCAGUCCAAAGCUCACACCUGCUGCCAGUGCUGUGCUGGUAGAGAAAUACAGGUCACUCCGACAGGAUGAAGGUGGACCCGGAAAGAGUAAUUUCAGAAUCACCGUUAGACAAUUGGAAAGUAUGAUUCGACUCUCAGAGGCUAUUGCAAGAGCCAAUUGUCAGGACGAGAUCUCCCCAGCUAUCGUUCGAGAAGCUUAUUCCCUUCUACGACAAUCUAUCAUCCACGUUGAACAGGAUGAUAUCUCAUUCGACGAUGACGAAGCUGUGCCUAACGGAGACGUAGACGGAGAUGCUCAAAUGGACGCAGCUGAUAUAGCGGCUCUUGAAGCUGCUGAAUCAAGUUACCAAGCUCAAACUUCAUCUACUCAAGCUGAAUCGAGCUUACAAGCGCAAGGUCAAGUAGCAAGCAGUGGUAAGAAGAGGAUGAGAAUCACUUAUAACCGAUAUAUGGAAAUAAUGAAUAUUCUCGUACUUCAUCUGUCCGAAAUCGAAAGAGAGAACGGUACCGGUGUGGAUAAAGAAGAAUUGAUUCAAUGGUAUCUGGAACAAAAAGAAGCUGACUUCGAAAAUGAAGAAGAUCUAGAAUAUGAAAGGGAGUUAAUAUCAAAGGCUUUAAUCAAAUUAGCUAAAGAUAAUUAUCUACUUGAAAUCAGAGGUGAUGUGAGAGAUGGUUUAGCACCCUCAACCGAUAAUGAAGAGAGUAUGGAAAGUCUUCCUACAACUUCAAGUGAUAAAGUCUAUUAUCUCGUUCAUCCUCAAGUCGAUUUGUCGGAUUUAUCUUCUUCUAUCCCUGCUUAG